UUUCCCCUCCCCCGCUUGUCAACCACACUCUUGUCUGUCGCCAGCCCUGUUCGUUGUUGUCGUCGCCGUCGUCGUUGUCGUCGUCGCCGCCGCCUACGCGACAUCGCCUUCGUUCGCCACUCGUCCCCGUAUACACAUACAUACAAUAGAGUCCGACUAGAUUAAAUUCCCUCACCAUCGGCUUACCCUGCAGCUUGCUGUCUCUCGCCGGCACCUGAUCGGCCCACUCACCUGUACCGAGGCGACGAGAUCGCUUUCUUUUUCGCUCCUUCGACGCACAUCUCGACGAAUUCAGGCCGCCGUCAACCGCAGCCACUCGCACACUGCGAUUACCCCGACAUCAUACGUAUACCUCUCCACCUGGCCUCGGAUUUCGCACUCAGUCCCCUCUUUGAAGCUCGUCAGCAGCUAUGGGUAAAUCUCAGUCCAAGCUCUCCCAGGAGCAGCUAGCUGAAUUGCAGAAGUCGACCCAUUUCGACAAGAAGGAACUCCAACAAUGGUACAAGGGCUUCCUCAAGGACUGUCCCUCGGGCAUGCUCACGAAAGAAGAGUUUCAGAAGAUAUAUAGGCAAUUCUUCCCCUUUGGAGACCCGAGUUCGUUUGCAGAUUACGUCUUCAACGUCUUCGAUAGCGACAAGUCUGGUAGUAUCGACUUCAAGGAGUUCAUUUGCGCCCUGAGUGUUACGAGCCGAGGCAAGAUGGAGGACAAGCUCGACUGGGCCUUCCAGUUAUAUGACAUUGAUGGCGAUGGAAAGAUCAGUUACGAUGAAAUGCUCAAGAUCGUCGAGGCAAUCUACAAAAUGGUUGGUUCCAUGGUUAAACUUCCUGAAGACGAAGACACCCCCGAGAAGCGCGUACGCAAAAUUUUCCGCAUGAUGGACAAGGACGAGAACGGCAGCCUGGAUAUGGAGGAGUUUAAGGAGGGAAGCAAACGCGACGAGACCAUUGUCUCGGCGCUUUCCCUCUACGAUGGCCUAGUGUAAAUGAAAGAAGAGAAGAAGCGGUAAAGGGGGGCAGAAUGCUCCCAAAUCGUUCAACCCUUCCUCUUAAGGGUUGUUUUCAUGGUUCUCUGUUAUUGGGAUGGCGAGCUGUGCAGUGACCAAGGUGCGACUUUUUUUUUAUUAUUAUUAUUAUUACCAGGGCUAGCAGGAAUGGGAUGACAUGAUUUACUGCCAUGAG